AUGGCGGCCUCUGCGCGCGUGGGGUGCCGAGGUCCUGCGGCUCUCCAGCGAACUGCCUGCUCGCGUGUCUUCUCUGAAGCCUCACACUCGCUGGAGCUUUCCCCGCGCCCCGCUCUCGCCAGCCUCGCGCCUUUUGCGCAUGCGGCUCCGCCGCUCUCUGCCGCCUUUCCGCCGCGUGCGUCGACUCGACGGAGCCAGGCGCAGCAGAUCCAGCCUCUGAGUGAAACCCAGGGCCUCAGCGGGUCGCAGCUGCCGCUGGACGCGCAGGGACGGCGCGCGAGCCCGGCUGGGGGCCCGCGGGGCCUUCAAAGGGGGAGCUCGGAGCCCCGUUCCGCGGCGCGGCCGCCCCGGCCCUCUCGGGCAUUCGACUCGCCUUCUAGGCGGUCGCGUACCGUUUCCGCUGCGCCUUCGGCACCACGGGCGCACAGGGCUCCACCGCCGCACGAGCCCGUCUGGCUGCGGCCCGCGGGCUCGUUGCUCGGGAUGUCGGCGCCGUGCUUCCGUGUUUCUCGCUGCUCCUCCCCGUGGCGCACUCUUCUCCCCCCUUUUUUCUCGUCUGCGUCUCGGGCUUUUUCGUCAACUCCCGGCGGGCCUGGGCCGCCUUCGUCAUCGUCGUCCGAUGCCUCCGCAUGCACGGCCCACUCGCGCGCCUCUUCUUCGUCUGUCUCUUCUUCCUCCUCAUGCCUGCUGCUGGCUUCUGCGCGCCGCCUCCUUCGUCUCGCGCGCUUUGUUGACCGGCACCCGUCUCUGCUUUUCCUCCUCGCGCCGCGUCUCCGUGCCUCCUCCGCCGAGCGGCUGCCUGCGCUGGAGACGCUCGUGACCUCCUCUUGGCCCCUUGGCGGUUCCGCCGCCCUGCGUGGGCUGCGCGUUGAGGCGCGACCGCGUUCCUUCCCCCCGCUGCCGGCCUCGCUAGCUAAGGACGCUCCCUCUCUCGCGGAGGAAGAGGCCGCGAGUUCUUCUCCCGAUUCGCACGCGGAGAGUCCUCUCUUCCAGUACCUCUGUCAGGGCCUGCCCCCCUCGCGCUUGACCUGUGAAGACGAUCAUCGCGAGCUGCCUCGUCUCCCUCUGCGUCCUGCUUCCUCGCGCCUUGAAUCUGCUUCGUGGGCGGAGAGCGCAGCGCGCCCUGCGCAGCCGCGCUGGCUGACAGAGUUCAUCCUCGCGCAUUUGAGAGGGCAGGCGGGGACCAAGGGGGGCGGCGGCGGCGCGGCGGCAGGCGCUGAACAGCUCAGACCUGAGACGCUCGAGGGGAGCCUGGAGUUCCUAUGGUCGCUGUCUCGCCUGCUGAGUCGUGUACAGUUUUCGCCCUACUUUUUCGCGAGCGAGCUGCAUGCGCCACUCGCGCUUCUUCUUCCCCCCGUGUCUUCUUUGUCUCCCCGCCUCUCUUCGUCCGCGCCUCGCGCGCCUCGCGCUCCCCACGACGACUCGCUCGCGUCGCCCUUAGCCUCUUCCAGUCCUCAGUCUCUCGUCCCUGCCUCCGGCGCCUCUGCUGCGUCUCCGCUUUCGCCUGGGGCCGAGGCCGCCACGCAGGGGGCGGCGCCUGCCUCCCCGACGGCGCCGGAUGGGGCGGGCGCCGCCUCGCCGGACGCGCCGGGGCUGUCUCCGGCUGACUGCGAAACUUCGCCGGCUCUCUCUCGCGCGGCUGAAGGCGCGCCUGUCGCGUCUGCGUUGUCUGAGGCGGAUGCGCGCGCGAGGCUCCUGCUUGAGGCGCGACUCGUUAGCCUGCUCGCGCGGUCGCCUGGCGCCGGCUCAUAUGGCGUGUCGUCCCUCUCUGCGAUCUCCGCUGCCUCGUGGAGCCCCGCAGGCGUCGCGGACGCGGGGGCGGCGCUGCGGGGCGCGGGCGACGCGUCGCCACUCGAGCGGCUGCCGUCGCGGGCAGAGUUGGAGGCGGCAACGCGCAGUCUCCUUCUGCCUCCGGUUCAGUGGGAGAGCGAGCCGACGAGACGGCGCUUCGCCGCCGCGCUCCAGCCGCUGCGCCUGGCGGCCCCCGAGGCCCAGCCGGCGAGAAGAGGGCGGGGGAGGUCGGCAUGCGGCGGGGGGGUUCACGCCUGCGAAAGCCGCCACGCGGGGGGAGAAGAAGACGCACGCAGCACACGAGGAGAGAGAGAGGGCGACGCGUCUUGUCAGCCGCGCCAGGGAGAAGGGCCCUUACGAGAUGCUGCACAGGCACAAGCGCCGAGGGACGACGCGGCGCGUGAGCAGCAGAGCGCCCACUCAGGCUUCCUGGAGCCCGCAGGCGCGGUGGCUGGGGCUGCGUCGGUGUCCUCGCUGAGGCGCGGGCACCUCCUGCUCGUGCAUCCGCUGACCGCCGACAGCUUUUGGGAGCGCGCCGUCGUCCUCAUCACCAACGUGACGAGGAAGGGCUACAUUGAAGGUCUCAUUCUGAACAAGCGUCGCGUGUGGCGGCCGUCCUCGUGGGAUUCAGCGUCUCCUUCUGCUUCCUCGCCUUCGGGCACUGGCUCUUCUGUGUCCCUUCCUCCUUCGGCCUCGCCGGAUGCGUCCCGCGAGCUGCGCCGGCGCGCGAGCUCGCCUGCUGCAGAGGGUGACGCCUGCGGUCCCGUUGCCCCGAGCGGAGAGGCAGACGUUCCUCGCUCUGCUCCGCUCUCCCUCCUCCCUCGCGUCUGCUUCCUCUCCACGUCCUACUCGAACUUCGUCGCAAACGCGCCUCGGCAGCUGCGGCUCCUCGAGGCGUUGCAAGGGCAAGUUGACCAAGCGGCCGCGCGAGUGGGCGGCGUGGCGCCUUCAGACGCCCCUGUCUGCCCACCGACUCGGGCGCACUCUGAGUCGCCGGUGCCUUCUGCUGUUUCGUCUCCUUCCCGCGUGGCUGCCACUCGCGUGGCUGCCUGCAGGUUGUUGAUUCGACGAGCCGUGGCCGCGUUGGCGCUGCAUGCGCGGGAGGCCGCCGCGACGAAGGCGCGCGCGGCGGAGACGCUGUCGCGCGUGAUGGAGGAGAUCGCGACAGAUAUGUUGGAGGCGGUGGACGCGCCGCGUGCGUCGGCGAGCCCCUCCUCGGCGCUCGCGGCCUCGCACGCCGCCGACCUGCGCAGGGAGGCGCCGUAUCUGGUUCACCUCCUGCAGUGGUAUCGGAGUCGAGAGCUGCUGGAGCAGCGGGCGGAGGGCGGCGCAGGGACGGGAGGGGGCCAAGCCGGCGGCGCCGAGGCUCAGCCAGCCUUGCCGGCGUCGUCGCUCCUGCCAGGGCUCCCUGCGCCGCACCAAAGGCGACCGGAGCCUCGCGCGACCCCGAGCGAGCCCGACUACGGCUCGGUCACGUCCACGUUGUCGCUCUCCUCGCCUCUCAUCUCCCUGACGCCCAUUCAGUCCGCCCCCGAGGCAGGCGCCGAGACGCACGCACGCGCAGAAGACACCGCUCUCUUAUCUGGCGCCUCGCGGCGCGGCAAGGACAGCGACACGCUGAUUGUCUCCUUCCUCGCCGCGCUCCCCUACGGCUCCAUCAGCCCCGCGCAGGCGGCUGCAGCUGCGCAGAAGACCCGACGCGACGCCGCCCUCGCGCGCUUUCUGCCUCUGCAGACGGAGGCCAGCGCGCCCGAAUAUGAGCCGAUGGGCGCUGCUGCAGAGGCGGAGAAGCCGAGGCGCGAGGGCGAAGAGGCCGGCGCGGCCCUCGCGGAAGCGAGAUUCGCAGACGAAGGUCGCGGUGAAGAGUCGGGUGUGCAGCAUCUGACUGGAGAGGAGGGAGAUUUUGGAGGCGCGCGCCAGUCGCGCCUGGAGGCGGAGACUGUCGUCGAAGGGCCUGGUGUCCCGACGUGGGGCGCGGGGGGGACGGGCGAGGCGGCGGAUGGCGCCGCGGGGAGUCGUGAAGCCGCGCGCCGAGCCGACAAGAGAGACGGGAGGCGAGAAGAGCAAGACAGCAGAGGAGAAACGUACGGAAGCGUCCUUGAAAGGUACAGCUUCGGGGGGCCCGUUCCCGGGUUGACGGUGCUGCACACGAACGGCAAAGACGGCCUCGUCGAGGUCUUCCCAGAGGGCGUGUUCGCCGGCACGCGAAGAGAGGGGCGGAGGCGAGUCGCGAGUCCGAGGCUGCGCAGCGGCGGCCGCGACCUCGACGCGCAGCAGGGACCGCCCGAGUCAGGCGAAUCGUCUCGCGACUGGAGGACAGACGCAUCAUCGUCUGCAGCGGCAACUGCCGCGCAGCUAGGCGCCGGUCGAGCAGCGGCUGCGGGAGGCGAAGGCGCCGAGAAGGCAGUUGAGUCUACGCAGAGCGACUGCUUCCUCGUGGGACGCGAGGCGCGCGCGGUCCGCUGUCGGCGGUUCCUCGGGAAAGCCUCCUGGCGGCCAGGGCAGCUCGAGAGGGAACUCGAGCGGGGCAUGUGGAUUCUGGUCGGGUGCGCCGACAGCUCAGUCAUGCAGGACAUCGUUUUCUCGGAGGCCCCCGUCAUCUGCGCAGCUGAAAAUUCCGCAGUGAGCGGCGAGACCGGCAGCGAUGAAAACGAUCUCUGGCGAUGCCUUUUGUCCGCGCUGGCAGCCAGGAGAGGAGACGCGGAGGGCUCUCUCUACGAGGCGAUGACCCGCGUUCCGCUCUGCCUCGCGACGGAGGAGACAGAUAGGGAGGACGAAGACGAGAACGCAGAGGAGGACAGCGACUAG